AAUCGCGUUCAUCUUCAUAUCUGAACUUGGAGCCAUGCUUUGCCUCUUCAAGCCACCGCGCACUGAAGGAACAAGACAACUUAGCUGAAAGCAAACGAAAAUACUAGGGGAUGCUGUUUGCUCAUGUUAAUGAAACAUGUCAUGAAUUCUCAAUAUUCCUUUCUGGGUUGUGCAAGCACUUGUAUGCUACUGGCUUCUUCAUCUUUUUUCAGAAGACAACAGUUCUUGAUAAGAUCUCUGGGAGGUGGCAUUGAUCAUCACACCAAUUCUAGAAAUAUGCAAGACCUGAGGUCUGUUGAGGUUGAUGCUGAGAGCAUUAUUCGAGCAAUUACUCCUGCCCUUGAUCCUCGUAGACAUAAAGGCCAGGCAGGAAAAAUAGCUGUUAUUGGAGGGUGCCGUGAAUAUACAGGUGCACCAUAUUUUGCUGCUAUUUCAGCCUUAAAAAUUGGUGCAGAUUUGUCCCAUGUAUUUUGUACAAAAGAUGCUGCUCCUGUCAUCAAAAGUUACAGUCCUGAGUUGAUUGUGCAUCCUGUUUUGGAAGAAUCAUAUGGUGUCAGGGAAGAGGACAAGAAAAUCAUAUCAAGCAAGGUUCUUGCUGAAGUUGACAAGUGGAUAGGAAGAUUUGACUGUCUUGUCAUUGGUCCAGGCCUUGGAAGAGACCCAUUCCUUCUAGACUGUGUGAGUGAAAUCAUGAAACAUGCAAGACAGUCAAGCAUCCCAAUUGUGAUAGAUGGGGAUGGACUUUUUCUUGUUACAGACCAUCUUGACCUUGUUAGUGGCUAUGCCUUAGCUGUUCUAACCCCAAAUGUGAAUGAAUAUAAGCGUCUUGUUCAGAAAGUACUGAAUUCUGAAGCAAAUGAUGUAGAUGCUACUCAGCAAGUGCUAUCUCUUGCCAAACAAAUUGGUGGCGUAACUAUCCUAAGGAAAGGAAAAUCCGAUCUCAUAAGUGAUGGCGACACAGUCAAAUCAGUCAGUAUCUAUGGUUCUCCUAGACGCUGUGGUGGCCAAGGUGAUAUCCUUUCUGGAAGUGUUGCUGUCUUUUUGUCAUGGGCGCGCCAACAUGUAGCAUCUACUGAUCCAAAUUCAAAUCUCAGUUGUAAAAAUCCAGCAGUGUUGGGAUGCAUUGCUGGGUCUGCUAUGAUGAGGAAGGCAGCUUCUCUUGCUUUCUCACAUAAGAAAAGAUCAACUGUCACUGGUGACAUCAUUGAAUGCUUGGGGAAAAGUUUGGAAGAUAUUUGUCCUGCCAGUUCAUGCUGUUUGUGACCUCCAGAUACUUACAGAAAACAUGUUGAGUUAAUGGAAUGUUUUGCCCAAAGAAUAAUUUGUUUUAUCGAUAUUGGAAUUCUCCAUAGACUUAUAUAAGACGUGUGAAGUUACUGGCAAAAAUGAGCUAACCUCUCGGGUUGACUGUAACUCACAUAAAAUAAGCUGGGUUGGGUUAGAAAAAAUGAGCUAACAAUCCGAGUUAGCUCGAAAAAAAUCGAGCCAACUCGCGGGUUAAACGGGCUAGCUCGCGCGUUAUUUUAUUUAUUUAUUAAAAAAAGUACAAAAAAAUAAUA